AUGUCGAAAAUAGAAACGAUUUAUGCGACGAUAGGAAAAUUUGUCGAUUCCUUUUCUGGCUUCCUCUCCGGCACUGCCUCAGGCUACGGCGAUGAGUUUCCCUUGUGCGCUGUCGACAUUAUCUCGGGAUGUGAGGAAGAGCUUGCAGAAGCCCAGAAAGGCCAAGACGAAGGGCAUAAGAAGGAAUGCAUCAUGUGCCUAUAGUGGGCUCUUGUUCAUUCAAAGAUACACGCAGAUAUACAGUGUGGGAUAGCUAUGCUUGAAGCUUCGGUGGUUAAUGAUUCAAGUCCGAUGAAACUAAGGGAGAAGAUCUAUCUCCUUGCUGUUGGGUACUAUCCAAGCGGUAACUAUUGAAGAAGCUGGGAUUGUAUAGAACGGUGCUUGGAGGUUGAACCGGAGUGCAGACAGGCUCAGACACUAUAAGCGGCUUUAGAGGAUCCUAUUGUACUAUUGUCAAAGCCUUAGUAAGCAGAGGCUGACAAGUAAAGAACCUAUAUUAAAUACAUGUGCAUGUUUCCCUGAUCUUCAGUGAGUUUGUUUAGUUCCUUUGUGUUCCUUUGGAACAAUGUCUUUUAUUAAACGAAAAUGGAUGAUUUGUAAUUCCAGUUUUACUGUGAAAAGCUAAACAACAGAAGUGAUUAAAGAAGCAUUCAAACAUAAACUUUAUUAUUACUUGAGCACUGUUUUCAGGUUUUUAUUUUGGAGGAUCAACUCUUAAGUUUCUUAAUGUCCUAGCAAGGCUAGAAGAAAAGUCUUGUAGUCCCCUAAUGUCUCUUUCGCUAAGGCUUGAUCGAGACUCACAUUGUUCCUCUUGAGAUACAGCUCACUGAUCGUCUUCAGGUCCUUUUUUGUUCGUGUGACAAUCACACAGGUUAGGGUUUUUGAUGCACCUGAUGGCUGCACGAAGUGCACUCAGGUAAUCAUUUGUAGGGUGAUUGAGGAGAUCCUGGACAUCACAUGUAUCAUUACAGAUAUCAAAAGGACAUUCUCAUGAAGUAAACUGAUAUCCUUGUAGCGGUUGAAGAUUGCGCUGAGCUGCACACCGCUCCUCCUGCUUAGCACCCUGAUCGUUUCUUCAUGAUCUACAGCCUUACCGAGGAUUUCAUCAUGAAGAAUCAAAAAUUUUAUGUUAAGAAUUAAGAUGAUGAAUCAAAAUUACCGUACAUUUCUUCAUUACAAAUAAUCUAUAUGAUCCCGAUUGGAACUUCAAACCGAUCCAACAAUGCAAGUUUGAUUUGUAUUAAAAUAACAUAAUGUUCGAUGAGUUUGUAUGAAUAUAUAUCUACGUCAAAGAAGAGGUGCAAAGAGCAACACAUGUUGAAGUUGUAGAAAGGACAGAACUAGAGGCUAUUUGAUUCCCCGUUGUUAUGCUUGCAUCGGAGAACAAGAUUUCAUUGUUGUUCUUCUUCAUCGAGUCAAAUCGACCGAGAUCUAAAAGAACGUAGCCUUCAAAACUCAUCAGCAACGUGGUAUAGUUCCAGGUGAGCUCUUAUUUUCAAUAUUUUUUGGACUGUUUGUGGAUUGUAUCAAGCAACUCGAUAAAUCCAAGGGAGUCCAAAAGCUUUCCGCAUAGAACUUAUGAAGACUUGGCUUGUUUUCCUUAUAAAGGAGACAAGAAAGAAUAAUGAUUGGGUAUAUACGAACCUAGCUUUCUCUUCACUAAGCCUCUGCAGCUUGUAUGCACAGCUCUCGAAUAAAAAUGAUGAAACCUUUGGAAAUUAAACAAAUAAGAUAGAUUAUGAC